CUAAGUGGUGCAAGGGAACAUAACAAAUCUUAUCAUUUUCCGAAGUUGGCAAAAUGCGCAUUUUUUUCAACUUAUUUAUAUCAAUUCUUUCCUUUCACUUUGGAGAGAUGGUUUCCAAAAAUAUCUAUUUUUUAAACAGAUAUACUAAUCUCAGAGAACUAAACUGUGGAAACUGCCUAGAACUUGACUGUGUACUUUCAGAGGGUCCGUAUAGUCUCCCUAAGCAGACGACUAUAUGCUACCGAGCUAAACCCUUGAACUACGAUUAUCCUAAAGAAGCUUUCUCUACAGUAGUCGGACUAGGAGUUCUCAAUAUAACAGAUACAAAAAUAUCUGUUGUAGAGGAAAUAGUGUUUGGAGAAUGGUUGACAGGUAGAUGGUUUGGAGUUAGAAAUACAAAAGGAGAUAAUGUCAUCUGGAUCGGGUUGGGGGAAUCAAGGUCUCCUCUUCAGCUUCAGUCCUGGCGGCAUCCAUGUUUAACUUUAGAUAUGACAACAGGAGAUAUUGCUGUCUUUGAGAACGGAGAGAAGAUUUUCAGUAAAAAUGACCAAGGUUUAAUAGAUGUUGGAGAAACCCUUCUCCCAACCUAUAGUCACGUGUCUGCUGGGUGUGCUUAUGAUAUGGACAAUAUUGAUUACUCGAUGUAUGGUCAAGUAACUGAUGUCCAAGUGUUCAACGGUGUACUUUCUGAUCAAGAGCUUAAAGACUUAACAGGUUGUAGAACAUUUCCUGAAGGAGACAUUGUCAGCUGGAGGGAGAGAGACUGGACUAUUGUUGGGAAACCACAAGUUACAAUAAUGGAAACAUAUGAUCUAGAAAAUGAGAUUUGUGAUCCUACCUCAACGAGUUUCCACUUUAUCCCAAUCAAACUGAGUGCUGUAGAACACAUGGAACUUUGUAACAGGCUCUCGGGAAGACUAGGUGGAUAUCUCGAUGAAGCUGGAUUCAACAAAGUUGUGAAAUUUUAUUCACAAUCAGACUUCUUGCAGUCUAGUGUCUGUGCUGUGCAAAAAAAAGACAAUGACAGGCAUUAUGGAAUAUCAACAUACAUAAGUGCCACAGAUGAACAAGUUGAAGGAGAAUGGUUGGAUAUUUAUAAUGCAAGCCUGAAAGUAAAUCAUGUACCCUUCGCUGAUAAUAGACCAUACGGAGGAACUCAUAAAUACAACUGUAUGACUUUAAACCUGGAUGUCACGGCUACUGAAGGUUUACGAGGAAUAGUAAAUGAUGCUCGGGUCACUGAUGUCGAAUGCUCGGGGGGAUGGAUAGACUGUGGGAUCUGCCAGAUGGAAGGACCAAUUCUAAAAAUCAACGUAAGAGGUCUCUGUGAGCAGUCAACCUAUGACCGUUGGUAUAUGUACAACAUUGGGCUUGAUGGAUUACCAUUUCUACGGGGGAUGCUGACUUCAACAAUAACAUUUAAUGUAGAACAGGACAGAUGGGAAUGGUUUGAUAGAAAAAAAGAAGGACAUCAAGCAACCAUUUCAAAUACUUUGAAUUCUCUCAUUUUGGGAACUCAGAAGGUGGAUUUUAGUCAGUCGUCUGAUGAGAAGUGCAGUAAAAAAGGGGAGAACCCUGUCAAGAAAAUUACCUUUUCUGUCUGCGAACCUGGAGAAUUUACCUGUACUAACAGCCAGUGUAUAGAUAUGGAAGAAAGGUGUGAUCAGACCUCCAAUUGUGUUGAUGAAUCAGACGAGGAGAAUUGCAGGAUGAUAAAUGUGAAAUCUAAUUAUAACAAGAAGAUUUCCCCCUUCAAGGUUGAUCCCAUCACCAAAGCUAAUAUUCCAGCAAACGUAAAUAUAUCUUUUGUAAUCAGGGAUGUUCUGAAAAUCGAAGAGAAAGACCAUGUUUAUACAAUGAAGUUUAUUAUGAUUAUGGAAUGGUAUGAUUAUAGAAUUAACUACUUUAAUCUGAAAGUAAACCAUUCUCUGAACGCGAUGUCAGCUGAAGAAAUCCAGAAUCUUUGGAUUCCUCUUGUACUCUUUGAAAAUACGGAGACUAAUGAGUUUACCAAGGGGGAUGAUGAUACGGAACUUACAGUCAUUAGGGAAGGCAACUUUACAAGAAGUGCUGACACGUUUACGGAAGAAAUAAAUAUAUUCAGUGGGAAGGAUAAUAGAAUAACGUUUAGAAGAGUUUACACUAAAACAUUUAAGUGUGUUUAUGAGCUUCAAAUGUAUCCAUUUGACACUCAAAGGUGCACUGUUAAUAUGGUUUUAAGAGAAUUGGAUGCCUACAAUGUGUUUAUUACUCCGGAUUAUCUAGCCAUGGAGGGAGAAACAAUUCUUACUCAGUAUAUAAUCACUCACUGGAAACUAAACUAUACCAACCCAGAGCAACCAACAGAAGGUAUACUGGUGGUGAUAACCUUAAAGCGGAGAAUAAUGAACGAGAUUUUAACUACCUAUCUGCCCUCCCUUCUAAUCCUUGUCAUGUGUUACAUGACAAAUUUUUUUAAACCUUUCUUCUUUGAAGCUAUUGUUACAGUAAACCUGACUGCUCAGCUAGUGUUAACAACCUUGUUUAUUAGUGUUUCAGCAUCAUUGCCCCCGACAGCAUAUAUAAAGAUGAUAGAUGUCUGGUUGAUUUUCUCUCAGCUAAUCCCCUUUUGUCAAGUUAUUCUUCACACGUUUAUCGACAUGUACAGAGAAAGUGAGGAGCGUGAAGUAAAUAGGCACGGUACUGCGUUUGUUAUUGGUGAAGACGGUGUAAUGCGACCAAAGGAAGAAGAACAGCCAUCCAAGAUGAUGUUUCAAAGGACUGUAACUCCAGUAGGGGUUUCUGUUAUCCCUGCUUGGGAGAAAAAUUUAACCAACAUCGAUGAGAAGGUUCAGACAGAAGCUGUAAAAUCAUUUUAUGAAAAUGCUAGUGCUGAAGGGUUUAUGGCGAGGUUUGGUGAUCUUAUCCCUAAAGUUCUAAUGCCAGUUGUAACCUUCAUCUUCUCCCUUGGCUACUGGUGGUAUGGGCUCUCACACUACUUUACUGAGGAGGACAAAUUGUAAAUUUAUUUGAAAUAUAAUAAUUUACGGGAAA